UAACUGCUCUAUGAUUGGUGCAGUGCGGGUGUACGUAGCAACGGUCCGGAAGAUGUCGCUCAGGCCAGUCCUGAAAAACUUCCGCCUUAAGUUGUAAAGAAAACAUAGCAGCUAAAAGGCUAUCGGACGACGUAGCAAGCCCCCCAUUUAAGAGGUCCGACCAAAGGUUGCUGUCCUUCACUUGAGACUGUGUGUAUGUGUGUGUACCUGUGUGCGUGUGUGUGUGUGUUUUUUUUUAAGUGUGUGUAUGUGUGCGAGUGUGCUUGAGUGUAUGUAUGUAUGUGUGUGUGCAUGAGUGAGUGAGCGAGCUGCAGCCCCCCGCCCCACCACACACACCCAUACACACAAUUUGACCGAGAGCCGCUCCUCCCUGGAGGAUGACAAUGGAGGAGAUGAAGAAUGAAGCAGAGACAAACUCUAUGGUAUCCAUGACGCUCUACACCGUAAUGUACCCUGUUUUUAACGAGCUGGAGAGGAUCAACCUAUCAGCAGCUCAGACGCUCAGAGCGGCCUUCAUCAAGGCAGAAAAGGAGAACCCCGGCCUGACUCAGGAUAUCAUCAUGAAGAUCUUGGAGAAGAAGAAUGUCCAAAUCAACUUCACCGAAUCGCUGCUGCGAAUGGCUGCCGACGACGUGGAAGAGUUCAUGAUCGACCGACCCGAGCAGGAGUUCCAGGACCUGAACGACAAGGCCAGAGCGCUGAAACACAUCCUCAGCAAAAUCCCAGACGAGAUCAAUGACAGAGUACGCUUCCUACAGACUAUCAAAGACAUAGCCAGCGCCAUAAAAGAGCUUCUGGACACAGUCAACAACGUCAUUAAGAAGUACCAGUACCAGAAUCGCAGAGCCCUGGAGCAUCAGAAGAAGGAGUUUGUGAAGUACUCCAAAAGCUUCAGCGACACCCUCAAAACGUACUUCAAAGAUGGAAAGGCGAUAAAUGUCUUCAACAGCGCAAACCGGCUCAUCCACCAAACCAACCUCAUACUGCAGACCUUCAAAACUGUGGCCUAGCUCGCAUAGGACCACACAGAAGCCACCACCCCCCCAAGCGCCCUCACACUGUGGCGGGUGGCCCAAGGGAGGGAUAUGUGGCUCCAGUGGUGGAAGCUCAAUGAGCGCCUGACCCAUAUUUGUAAAUUAGGAAGAGUUGAUUUUAGGGGUUGGGGGUCACCUUUUCCAGUUGAAGGGACUGAAAAGUGCCAUUUAAGUCAAUGAGGAUUUUCCAGUCUCAAAUGGAAAUAGGCCCAAAAGUCUGCUUGAUUUGAUUUUAUUUGGACAGUUUUAAUUUAUAACCCUGAUAUUGUUUUUGGGAGUAGGUGAGGCGAGGUGUUUAUUAAAAGACUAAUUGCCAUUUUUCUAAUAUAUUCAUGUUGAUCAUUUUACUUAAAAAACUUGCAAUCAUAGCGACACUUACAAGACGUCGCCGCCUCGUCUUGUCCGGCUUCCUCUUCCUCUUUGCCGCUGCGCUUCGCACGCUCCAGAGGAUUGACAAGCCGCCCUUGUUUGCACGUGUUUUUCUUUUUUCUUUUUUGCUAAAUAGAGAGAGGAGAGGAGAGGAGAUGAGGAGGCUCUGGCUGCUGUGACGUGGACAUUUUUAGACCCAAAAUUUCAUUUCUGUUGACUAUCUGACAACACAACGCCAAAUAACUUCCAGCACAGUGUGCGCGCCUGACUUUACUUUACUUUACACCCCUUCGUCGUCCUCCUCCUCCUCAGAGUGUAAGCACGCCGAGCCGGUCCUUGUUGUCGGGGGGCGUAAAGAGAGACAAAUUCUGUAUUUAACUGAAACCUGGUUGCAAAUGUUCAAUAAAUAGUUUCCAAAUGAUCA